AUGACUGUUGCUCCCAGCACUGCAUCAUACAGCCCUUCUGAUGUCAGCACUACAUCAUACAACCCUUCUGAUAUCAGCACUGCAACAAACAACCCUUCUGAUAUCAGCACGGCUUCAUACAACACUUCUGAUAUCAACACUACAUCCACUGCAUCAUACAACUCGUCGGAUGCCAGCACUGCAUCAUACAACACUUUUGAUAUCAGCACUGCAUCAUACAACCCUUCUGAUAUCAGCACUGCAACAUACAUCACUUCUGAUAUCAGCACUGCAUCAUACAGCCAUUCUGAUGUCAGCACUGCACCAUACAACCCUUAUGAUGUCAGCACUACAUCAUACAACCCUUCUCAUAUCAGCACUGCAUCAUACAACCCUUCUGAUAUCAACACGCUCUCAUACAACCCUUCUGAUAUCAGCACUACAUCGUACAACCCUUCUGGUGUCAGCACUACAUCAUACAACCCUUCUGAUAUCAGCACUGCAUCAUGCAACCCUUCUGAUAUCACCGCUGCAUCAAACAACCCUUAUGAUGUCCGCACUGCAUCAUACAACCCUUCUGAUGUCAGUACUACAUCAUACAACCCUUCUGAUGUCAGAACUACAUCAUACAACCCUUCUGAUAUCAGCACUGCAUCAUGCAACCCAUCUGAUAUCAGCACUGCAUUAUACAACGCUUUUGAUGUAAGCACUACAUCAUACAACCCUUCUGAUGUCAGCACUGCAACAUACAACCCUUCUGAUAUCAGCACGGUUUCAUACAACCCUUCUGGUGUCAGCAAUACAUCGUACAACCCUUCUGAUGUCAGCACUACAUCGUACAACCCUUCUGAUGUCAGCACUACAUCAUACAUCUCUUUUGAUUUCAGCACUAAAUCAUACAACCCUUCUGAUGUCAGCACUACGCCAUGCAACCCUUCCGAUAUCAGCACUGCAUCAUACUAUUCUUCUGUUUUCAGCACUGCAUCAUACAACUCGUCGGAUGCCAGCACUGCAUCAUACAACACUUUUGAUAUCAGCACUGCACCAUACAACCCUUCUGAUAUCAGCACUGCAACAUACAUCACUUCUGAUAUCAGCACUGCAUCAUACAGCCAUUGUGAUGUCAGCACUGCACCAUACAACCCUUAUGAUGCCAGCACUACAUCAUACAACCCUUCUGAUAUCAGCACGGUCUCAUACAACCCUUCUGAUAUCAGCACUACAUCGUACAACCCUUCUGGUGUCAGCACUACAUCAUACAACCCUUCUGAUAUCAGCACUGCAUCAUGCAACCCUUCUGAUAUCACCGCUGCAUCAAACAACCCUUAUGAUGUCCGCACUGCAUCAUACAACCCUUCUGAUGUCAGCACUGCAACAUACAACCCUUCUGAUAUCAGUACGGUUUCAUACAACCCUUCUGGUGUCAGCACUACAUCGUACAACCCUUCUGAUGUCAGAACUACAUCAUACAACCCUUCUCAUAUCAGCACUGCAUCAUGCAACCCAUCUGAUAUCAGCACUGCAUUAUACAACGCUUUUGAUGUAAGCACUACAUCAUACAACCCUUCUGAUGUCAGCACUGCAACAUACAACCCUUCUGAUAUCAGCACGGUUUCAUACAACCCUUCUGGUGUCAGCAAUACAUCGUACAACCCUUCUGAUGUCAGCACUACAUCGUACAACCCUUCUGAUGUCAGAACUACAUCAUACAACCCUUCUGAUAUCAGCACUGCAUCAUGCAGCCCAUCUGAUAUCAGCACUGCAUUAUACAACGCUUUUGAUGUCAGCACUACAUCAUACAACCCUUCUGAUGUCAGCACUGCAUCAUACAAGCCUUCUGAUGUCGGCACUACAUCACACAACCCUUCUGAUGUCAGCACUACAUCAUAUAACCCUUCUAAUGUCAGCACUGCAUCAUACAACCCUUCUGAUGUCAGCACUGCAUCAUGCAACACUUCUGAUGUCAACACUACAUCAUAG